AUCUUAUAAAAUUCUGCUGAUAAAAUACAUUAAAAUCUAUCAAACUCCGCAUAGACUUAAAACAAUUCAUAGAUUUUGCAGAAUCCAUUGACUUUAAACAAUCUAUCUAAAUCUUUCAUAAUUCUAAUUGAAUACACCCCCUAAUUAUGCAUCAAUGUUUUGAUCACAUGGACUAUUUUGUAACUUUUAAAAGUGCAUGGAUUAUUUACCUAUUUCACAGAGCGGCGGAGUCUUUUUUUCUCAUGGCGUCGCAGUUAAAGAUAACGGCGACCUUAGCUCUGGCGCUGCUGCUGCUGCUGCAUCUGUUUGCGGCUGCGAGAGCAGAGAAUCCAUACCGAUUCUUUACUUGGAAUGUUACCUAUGGCACUAUCUACCCUCUCGGCGUUCCCCAGCAGGGAUUUUUGAUUAAUGAGCAGUUCCCAGGCCCAGAGAUUCACUGCGUCACCAAUGACAAUCUUUACAUCAAUGUCUUCAACAACUUGAAUGAGUCCUUCCUCAUUUCUUGGAAUGGGAUUCAGAAUAGGAGGAAUUCAUAUGAAGAUGGAGUUUAUGGAACAACGUGCCCAAUUCCUCCCGGAAAAAAUUUCACCUACAUUCUGCAAGUGAAAGAUCAAAUUGGGAGCUUCUUUUACUUCCCUUCUCUUGCCUUCCACAAAGCAGCAGGUGGCUUUGGAGGCAUCAGAAUUCUCAGCAGGCCCGGAAUUCCUGUCCCUUUUGAUGAACCUGCAGGCGACUUCACCUUGCUUAUCGGAGAUUGGUACCUGAAAAAUCAUACGGGUUUGAAAAGGAUUCUUGAUGGAGGCCAUAAAUUGCCAUUCCCUGAUGGGGUACUUAUCAACGGUCGCGGAUCCAAUGGCACUUCAUUCACCGUCGAACCAGGGAAAACGUAUCGGCUUAGGAUUUCCAAUGUUGGGCUGCAAAAUACCCUGAAUUUCCGCAUACAGGGACACAAGAUGAAAUUGGUGGAAGUGGAGGGAACUCACACCAUGCAAACCACUUUCUCCUCCCUUGAUGUUCAUGUUGGACAGUCGUACUCGGUGCUGUUCACAGCUGAUCAGACCGCUCAAGAUUACUUCAUCAUUGCCUCCACUCGUUUCACCAACAAGAUCCUUACUACCACCGCUUUCCUUCGUUAUAGCAACUCCAAUAGCCCUGCAUCCGGUCCCCUCCCCGGCGGGCCCACCAUAGAAAUUGAUUGGUCCAUCAACCAGGCCCGUGCCAUCAGGUCAAAUCUUACGGCAAGUGGGCCUAGGCCCAACCCACAAGGAUCAUAUCAUUAUGGUAUGAUAAACACUACGAAGACCAUCAUUCUCUCAAGCUCUGCUGCACAGGUGAAUCACAAGCAGAGAUAUGCCAUCAACAGCGUGUCAUUUAUUCCAGCUGACACUCCGCUUAAGCUCGCUGAUUACUUCAAAAUUGAUGGAGUUUUCCGCGUAGGAAGCAUUCCAUCUACCCCCACCGGUGGGGCCGUGUAUCUCGACACUUCUGUCAUGGGUACUGACUACAGGUCAUUUGUAGAGAUUGUGUUUCAGAAUGACGAGAACAUUGUCCAGAGUUAUCAUAUCGAUGGAUACCAAUUCUGGGUUGUUGGAAUGGAUGGUGGGAAGUGGACUGAAGAUAGCAGGAAGAAUUACAAUCUUCGUGAUGCAGUUGCACGCUCUACCACUCAGGUGUACCCAUACUCAUGGACUGCUAUUUACGUGGCACUUGACAAUGUGGGAAUGUGGAAUGUGAGGUCUGAGUUCUGGGCACGCCAAUACCUCGGACAGCAGUUUUACUUGAGGGUCUACACGGACUCGACCUCGUUGAGAGACGAGUAUCUCAUUCCAUUGAAUGCCCUUCUUUGCGGUAGAGCAGUCGGUCGUGACAAACGACCCUUUUAAGUUCCAGUGGACAUUCUUCCAUGGUUGGAAAGGUUAAAAAAACAGGCGAAAUGCUCCAUCCACCUCCACUGCUCGGCUCAUUGCAUAAUUUAUGUGCAGUCACUUUGGAAUAGUUUAGCAAAAAAGAAAAAGAGUUUCAUUUGUCGUGGGAUUUUGCUCGUGUGUUAUUUCAGCACCGGAGGCCAUUUCUCAGGUUGAUGUCUUGAUGACCUUAUCUCAAGGUCAAAUUCUUUAAGUUUCAACUCAAAUAUUGUAUUUUGUUUGUUUUUCGUUCCACUAUAGUUCCUAGUUACUACUGGUUUAUAACUAUUGUUCGAUUUUAUUAUGUAAAAUUUGUUCUCUUUAGGACUCAAACAUACAUGUUUUCUCUAAAUAAGACUUCAUCUUCCUC